AUGGGAUCUCAAAGUAGUAAAUUAGUUACAGAAACUUAAAGGCAUGAGCAUGCAAUCAAUUAUAUGAACUCUGGAGGCUCUAUGAGCGACAAAUCUGCUAAAAGUAUCAAGGAUAUCGAAUAAACACAACAGGAAUUUGUAAAUACAUAGUUUAAAUGGAAUUUUGGUGGACAAAAGGUAUUUGUGGCAGGCACAUUCUCCUAAUGGAAAACUACUCACUAAUUAUAAAGAGAUAAAGGUGGGGAGUUCAGUAUAGUGAUACCCUUACCUAAAGGAAUUCAUCAUUAUAAAUUUAUUGUGGAUGGCGAUUGGAGAUUCUCUCCUGAUGAUCCUACAACUGCAGAUGAACAUGGCAACAUCAAUAAUGUAAUAGAUACAACCAAAGUCGAAAACAAAGCCAAAGAAUUCAUGGAUUCAAGUCAAUAAUUUAAACCAGAGAAAUCACCGACUGACUCUGUUAUUUAGAAUCAAAAAUAGGUCAUUUAAGAUUUCAAUUUUAAUGACAAAGCUCCUCCUGUUCCUCCACACUUACUUAAAUACUAUUAUAUAGAAGAAAAAGAGAAAAAACUUAAUAAUAUGUGGAAUAAAGAUAUUAGACCUCAAGGUUAAAUGGAACUUGAAGAUGCCAAACCAUAAAUAUCAUAGCAAGAAAUAUUUGAUCACCUGAUCUAGAUUUUUAGCAACGUUAAUUCAUUGUCCCCUCCUCCCCAUGUCAAUCUUAAUCAUUUGGCCUGUCUAACUACAAAUAAGAACAGCCCUUUUAGUGUUUAUGCAUUAACACAUAGAUUUAAGGCCAAGCAUACAACAAUUAAAUUUUACACCCACAAAUAUUAAGAAAACAAGCAACAAUUGUUUGUUGUAUGAAAAAUCAUAAAUAAACAUUAACAUAAAAUAACAUUCAAGCUAUCUAUUUUU